CCGAUACGCGCAGACGCCGGUGCCGCCUGUGGUAUAAAUUUACCGUGGUUCGCUAACUAUCUCCAAAUGUACUGUAGAAGGGGCCCUGACCGGUUUUAGUUUGCCUUUCAUUCCCAAAGCGGCCAUUACGACUCGUUUUGCUCAUAUCUCCGCAGACAAGACUCAAUUCGCCACGUUAUUUUUUAAUUCUAAAUAUAAAACCUCUUUUCUAACACUGUCACAAAAGAAAUUUAACAUUCUUUUUAAAAGCAACGUCUGUCUGACAUUUGCAGUGUCGGUUUUUUAGAAAUUUUUCGUGUUUCAGUUUAUAAUAUUUUUGUAAAUUACUGUGUCUUUUUACCGAAAUCAAAAUGGCUUGUUCAGUAUGUAUGAAUCCCGAAGGGAAAUCGAUGAAAAUGAGAAAAGAACGAGACACUAUGGGCGAGGUGGAUGUCCCUGAUGAUAAGCUGUACGGCGCGCAGACUGUCCGAUCCAUCAUGAACUUCCCCAUCGGAGGCAUUGAGGAGAGGAUGCCGUUCCCAAUUAUCGUCGCCUUCGGAGUCCUGAAGAAAGCAGCUGCCAAGGUCAACAUUGAGUACGGUCUAGAGAAGAGAAUCGCGGAAGCCAUCAUGAUGGCGUGUGACGACGUGAUCUCCGGCAAGUUAUACCGCGAGGGUCACUUCCCGCUGGUCAUCUGGCAAACCGGCUCCGGUACUCAAUCCAACAUGAACACUAAUGAGGUAAUCGCGAACCGCGCCAUCCAAAUUAUGGGCGGCAAGGUCGGCAGCAAGGACCCUGUUCACCCCAACGACCACGUGAACAAAUCUCAGAGCUCCAACGACACGUACCCGGCGGCCAUGCAUAUCGCUGUUGCUAUGGAGCUGAGGGACAGGCUGAUGCCCGGCCUCGUCGCACUCAGAGACACGCUUCAACAGAAGAGCAAGGCCUUCGACAAGAUCAUCAAGAUUGGCAGAACCCAUUUAAUGGACGCCGUGCCCUUGACGUUAGGCCAAGAGUUCAGCGGCUACGUGACCCAGCUGAGCUACGGCAUCGACCGCAUCUGCAGCACGUUGCCACGCUUGCAUUACCUGGCUCUAGGAGGCACGGCGGUCGGCACCGGCCUCAACACACGCAUCGGCUUCGCUGAAAAGGCCGCGGCUGAAAUCGCCACCCUCACUGGUAUCCCUUUCGAGACGGCGCCGAAUAAAUUCGAAGCCCUGGCGGCCCAUGACACGAUGGUAGAAGUUUCUGGAGCUCUCAACACUAUUGCGUGUUCGCUCAUGAAGAUAGCCAACGACAUCCGGUUCCUGGCGUCCGGACCUCGCUGCGGCCUCGCUGAGCUCAUACUACCGGAGAACGAACCUGGAUCUUCCAUCAUGCCUGGCAAAGUAAACCCGACACAGUGCGAGGCGCUGACGAUGAUUGCGGCCCAAGUGAUGGGCAACCACGUGGCGUGUACCGUCGGCGGCAGCAACGGACACUUCGAACUGAACGUCUUCAAGCCCAUGAUCGUCUCCAAUGUACUGCGAUCCAUCAGGCUUAUUGGUGACGGCUGCCAGGCGUUCAACAAGAACUGCGCGGUGGGCAUCAAAGCCAACGAAGAGAGAAUCACCAAGAUUAUGCAGGAGUCUCUCAUGCUGGUCACGGCCCUCAACUUGCAUAUAGGAUACGAUAAGGCGGCUAAGAUUGCGAAGUUGGCGCACAAAGAGGGCACCACUCUGAAGGAGACGGCCGUCAAACUAGGAAUCCUCACUCCAGAACAAUUCGACCAAUGGGUCAGACCCGAACAUAUGCUGGGACCUAUGUAAACUGUCACUUGCUUUCUAGUGCCGUUGUCUUAUAAUCAUCCACUGUAUAGAGCGACAAGGAUAUUUUGGCACGCGGCCGUAUUCGGAACUAAUGCUGCAUCCUAUGUAAACGUCAUUUUUGACAGUUGUUAUAUAUUUUUUUUAUUUGUGGCCUGGAAACAAGUUCUUUCAGCCAAAUAUUUUAUAAAUUAUUUACCUUUGGAAUAGAAGUAUUGAUUGUAGUAACAAAUUGGAGAAUGUAUGGAGAUGGUGAACACCAGCGCCCUCCUGCCGUCCAAGUGCCAGAAGAUCCUUAUCGACCUUGACCUAAAUAUCAACUGAUAGUGGCAGAUUGAUAUGAAGUGCGUACGAGGAAUUUGGAAUGGAGAGAAUUUAGGCGUAAGUCGGAACGUGGUAAUUACGGCUCUAUGCGCAUCCGUAGAUAUCUAGAGAUGACAGUUUCUUGUUUGUCAAUAGCAGGUACAAUAUCUUGCGCAAGGAAAAGGAAAAAGGAUUUUAAACAUCUCUAUCUUCUGUAUCACAAUUGUGAUCACGCAAAAGCAGUACAUUCAAUGCAAUUACUGAAUAGCGUAAAAACUGUACAUAGACGUAUUAUCAAAAUACUCGUAGACCAUAAGCUUAAGUUUGAAAACGCAAUUGUUAUUGCAUAUUAAAAAUUCAGUCGUUUGAAGAUCCUGUUCGUAAUACGCCUAUGUUUUUUCCUCACAGCUGGGCUAUUUUAAAUAGUGUAUCGUCAAAAUGUGAUUGUAUUAGUAUAUGUUUAUGAAUUGUACUAGUUUUGUUUGGUUUAUCUGUCUGUGUAGCCUCCGAGUAAGUUUUAACAGUAUAUUAUACUGCAAAUAUCAAUAGGCUUGUAGUGUUUGAUUAUAAAACAAUUGCUGAAAUCUUCAACGUUCAAUUCAAUUUAAAACUGACUAGCCAAGUCCUUUAUAUAAAUAAAAUGCCAUAUUAUAUUGUCGCAUUUAUAACAAAACAUAUUACCAGGUCACUGUAAAUUGCCAAAAUUCGUUCCAUUUAAAACGAACUAUAUUAUACAGCAUUAUUUUCGAUAAAAAACACCGAAAAUGCGUCGACAUUUUGGUUAUAUUGUUUUCCAAAUAUAAAAUAAUAAUUAAUAUAUCACUGUAAAUAUUUCAUACGAAAUCAUAUUUAUUUCAUUCAAUUGUACUUAUUUUUAAGUCCCUAUAUCAAAAGUGCAAUAAUGUUACAAGUUUACAACAUUGUUUUUUUUUUAAUAAUUGUCGAUUGUUUAUAAAUGCAUACUGAAAUAAAAUAAGAUAUACUUG